AUGUCAUCAUACAAGAAUGUAAGUUUAACAGAGAGCGAAAUGAAGAAGGAUUACGGGCAAAUGAGCGAACUUACGGAAGUUGAGUCUACAUUAUUACUACGCAAACACAUUUCUGAAACAGAUUUCGUUCUUGCUCUUGUCACAGAAACUCGGUUUAAGGCGAAUCAUCCGAAAACAACUGAAAUGAUUGAGCUAUUUGAGGUGGGCGAUUUGGAAUAUCGGCGAAAUGCUGAUCGUUUCUCAUUCAGAUCAUCAACUUCGGCACAACCGUUUGUUAUUGAGCUUGUUAUUGCUGUCCUUACCUUUAAGAAGUUUCACGUUCUCUCCGAGCAUACAGACAAAGCUCUUAUUUUUGCGCAUCAGAUAAAGCGUUAUAAUGUAUCAGGUUCUAGUAUUGACGAAAAAGAAUUGAUCCACAAAGAAAAAAGAAAGAACAGUGUUUAUUGUGACAAGAAUGAUUGGUUCGAGCAUUUGAUUAAAGCCCGGCGGAGUAAGGGGUAUGAGAGUCUGAAACUGGGUAAACACGAAAAAGCCGAUAGGGAGACUGUUGGGUUGGAAGAGGAAGCCAUCGCAGAAACCUCCGUGACAGCAGAACGAUUGCAAAUUCGAUAUACAAGAAACUUCACCAAAUCUGAUCUUAAAAAGUUGGAGACAGAGUGCAACUGGUCCAGUUGA